GGACGUGAAUGGGCCAAUGGGAGUUGGCCAGUGGAGCAAACACUGAGAACCAGUGCUCCCAUUCAUUCAGUGCUGAGCAGGAGCAGGAGCAGCAGAGCAGAGCGUCCCCACAAUAUAUAUUUUUUAUUAUAUAUGCACAAGAAAGCGCCUGGUCCCCCCCCCCCUCAACGACUAGACCCGAACCCGAACCCGGAUCCGAACCAGCAAACCUCCACUGCAGAAGACACCGAACCCUGGAGGAACCAACUUUGGAUUUUAAAACCCUGAAUUCCUCCUUUUUCUUUUUGGUUUUGAAUUCUUCCCACAAACGGGACUUUUUGCAGAACUGGGGCUGUCUCGUUCAGAGAUCGGCCUCCCACCUCUCCACCUACCCCCCCUCUCUCUCUCUCUCUACCCCAAGUGCGCAGCCGUUCCCCGGGUGCCUGUCCUCCCUCCACCACCCGGAGCUCCAUCGUGGAUUUACUGUGUUUUUUACUUUUUUUUAAAACCCUGGAACCGAUGCAUGAGGAGAGGGAAUAUUAAUAUUAAUAAUAAUAACCUUCCAGUGGAACCAGUGGAUUACCAGGGGUGUGUGCAUGUUAUUCACACUUUACACUUCACGCGUGGACAUUGCCCUUUCCUUUUCCUCUGGAUGGAGUUCUAGGCUGAUCGGUGGUUGAUGGAUUCGACGUUAUGGAUGGUUGCAUAUAGGUUUUCCGAUGCAUGCCAAGUCUACGGUGAAUGUCGGAAGUGGUGAUCCCCCCAGAUGGAGCUCCAAAGUCAACAUGGCCCCGGCGGUUCAUUAGUGGUGAUCCAGCAGCCUUCCCUCGAGAGCCGGCAGAGGUCGGAUUACGAGCGGGAGCUCCAGCAUGCCGCCAUUCUCUCCCUGGACCAAAUCAAGGCCAUCCGCUCCAACAACGAGUACACGGAGGGGCCCUCGGUGGUCCGGAGACCCCCGGCGCCUCGCAUGCCCCUCAGGCCUCAGGACAAGCAGGAGAGAACUCACGAGGUCAUCCUCGUUAAUGUGAACAACAACUAUGAGCACCGGCCGUCGGGUCACCACCACCACGUCGGGGGUGGCGUGGUGGUGGUGGCCGGGGGGCAGCAGUACGGAGGGUCCCGGGUUCCAGGACUCAGCCGCUCCACUAGCACAGGAAGUGCUGCCAGCUCCGGGAGCAACAGCAGCGCCUCCUCCGAGCAGGGACUCCUGGCACGCUCCCCCCCCACCAGGUCCAGCACCAGCGUACCGCACCACCACCGGGUGGCGGAGCGGCCCGUCAGGACUCAGCCCAAGGCCCCUGUGCAGCCGCAGCAGGGACCGCACUUCCACCCGCCUCCACUAGAGGCUCCACUCAAGCCCCAGGGCAAAGGGAAAUCAGACUUCACCGCCGGGGGGGCGGUGGUGGCUGCCGCCGGCCACCAGUUCAUCUGCGAGCGCUGCGGGAAGUGCAAGUGCAGCGAGUGCACGGCGCCCCGGAGCCUGCCCUCGUGCCUGGCGUGCAGCGGCCAGUGCCUGUGCUCCCCCGACAGCGCCCUGGAGCACGGCACCUGCAUGUGCCUGGUGAAGGGCAUCUUCUACCACUGCUCCAACGACGACGAGGGCGACUCGUGCGCCGACCAGCCCUGCUCGCUGUCGCGCUCCCACUGCUGCUCGCGCUUCCUGUGCAUGGGAUUAAUGUCGGUACUCUUCCCCUGCCUGCUGUGCUACCUGCCGGUGAAGGGCUGCCUGAAGGCGUGCCAGCGCUGCCACGACCGGGUCCACCGGCCCGGCUGCCGCUGCAAGAACUCCAACACUGUGUACUGCAAACUGGAGAGCUGGGACCGCCCGGCCCAGGAGAAGCCCUCCUGAUCGGGGGUGCUUGUGACCCCACGUGGAUCUAACGCUGACAAUGAUAAUGACGAUGAAAGUCACAGAUUAAUGUUUAUCAAACAUUCUUAGCACCUCCCCCUCCCCCCCCUUCCUCCUCGCUGCAGGAGUAAACGAAAACCACUCAAUUAUUUUUAUUUCCUCUGGAUCAGGACCAUGUUUUUACAGACCAGUGUUUGCCUUAAACUGUUUCUAUGUCUAUCCUCGGCUCCUCAUUAACACUACUUUUUAUUUUUAUAUAUAUAUAAAUAUAUAUAUAUGAAAAGUUAUUCCUCCGUUUGAGGCCGGUGGUUUCCUCCGGGUCUGUGCGGCCCGGUGGGAAACCGCCUCUCACCAAACCUGUGAAGGACGACCUCCUGUAGAGCAGACAUGUAGCUGUUACCUGGGUUUCAUAGCAGGUAUAUUUUGGAUUAUCGGUUGCUACCACACAGAAAAACAAACCCAUAAACGAAAAGCACAUCCAUCUCAAAGUAUUUCCUCCCACUUGGAUAUGUUUCUCUCCUUCCACCCGGCGUCGGAAAAACUCUUCACACACACUCUGUGGCAUUCUCCCAUGUUUUUCCAUUCUCUUUUUAUUUUUGUGUAAAUUGUAUGCUCAAAAAUCCAAUAAGAGGAAUUCUGGCUAUUUUUUUGAAAAAAAAAGAAAAAUGUCUGUUAAAACCAUUUUUUUGUUGUAAAAAAUAUUUAUUAUGUGAAGCUCUAUUAUUUUAUGAUAUUUAUUGCAAGAGACAGUCUUAAAUUUACUCAUGUCUGAAUAUAACAAAAUAUCAAAUACUUACUGAAAAAUUAAAGGGUGGCACAAAAGAAAACUAUGUUAACUUUAAUGCAGAAAAUAUAUUAAUUAAUGAAACAAUA